GAAGGUGAUGGUGAACAAUUUCUCCCAAGCCCAGGCUGUGGAACUGUGUUAUGAGAAUGUGAAUGGAUCCUUCAUUAAAACCCCUCACUCUCUGCGUCCUCGGGCAAUCCUGUAUGCUGUCCUUGGCUUUGGGGCCGUGCUGGCAGUGUUUGGGAACUUACUGGUCAUUGUUGCCAUCCUUCACUUCAAACAGCUGCAUACACCUACAAACUUGCUGAUCGCGUCCCUGGCCUGUGCCGACUUUUUGGUGGGAGUCACCGUGAUGCCCUUCAGCACAGUGAGGUCGGUGGAGAGCUGCUGGUAUUUCGGGGAGAGUUACUGUAAAUUUCACACAUGCUUUGAUACAUUUUUCUGUUUUGCUUCUUUAUUUCAUUUAUGCUGUAUCUCUGUGGAUAGAUAUAUUGCUGUUACUGAUCCUCUGACCUACCCAAUCAAGAUUACUCUCUCCGUUUCAGGAAUAUGUAUUGUUCUCUCGUGGUUCUUUUCUGUCACCUAUAGCUUUUCUAUCUUUUACACGGGAGCCAACGAAGAAGGAAUUGAGGAGCUAGUAGUUGCCCUCACCUGUGUAGGAGGUUGUCAGGCUCCGCUGAAUCAAAACUGGGUUCUACUUUGUUUUCUUCUCUUCUUUGUUCCCACUGUUGUCAUGGUGUUUAUCUAUGGCAAGAUCUUUUUGGUGGCAAAGCAUCAGGCUAGGAAGAUUGAAAGUACAGCCAGCCAAGCCCAGUCCUCCUCAGAGAGUUACAAGGAAAGAGUAGCAAAAAGAGAGAGAAAGGUUGCCAAGACCUUGGGCAUCGCUAUGGCAGCAUUUCUUGUCUCUUGGCUGCCAUACAUCAUUGAUGCAGUGAUCGAUGCUUAUAUGAAUUUCAUAACUCCUCCUUAUGUUUAUGAGAUUUUAGUGUGGUGUGUUUAUUAUAACUCAGCUAUGAACCCCUUGAUAUAUGCUUUCUUUUACCCAUGGUUUCGGAAGGCAAUAAAACUUAUUGUAAGCGGCAAAGUCUUCAGGAAGGAUUCAUCAGCCACGAAUUUGUUUUCUGAGGAAUUAGAGACAGACUAAAAAGGUUACUG